ACCACAGAAGAAGAACGCGUUGGCUGAAGGGAGUUGCGGUUCACAACUUUUAUCUCGUCAAUUUGACUAUUUUGACGGUCGGUCUUAUGUGUUUAGCUGUAACCUCGGCUAAAUAGUAAACGACUAAUCCGCCGACAGUAUCUUUUAUCUAGUGAACUGCCUCAGCGUCACUUUGUCGUUUGUUCAGCCGGAGGAGAGCCGUUAAACCCGCGUGCUAACUUCCUUAGCUAACUGUUAUUGUUAGCCAGCCUUGUGCUAACAUGUCUGGUGUAGUCCGUGGACCAGCAGGGAGUAACGACUGUCGGAUAUAUGUGGGCAAUCUCCCUCCUGACAUCCGCUCAAAGGACGUCGAAGACUUAUUCUACAAAUAUGGACCCAUUCGUGAUAUCGAUCUGAAAAACCGAAGAGGAGGGCCACCAUUUGCCUUCGUGCAGUUCGACGACCCGAGGGACUCUGAGGAUGCUGUCAGUGGGCGUGAUGGUUACGACUAUGAUGGAUACCGCCUGCGCGUUGAGUUUCCUAGAAGUGGAAGGGGGGGUGGUGGACCUAUGGGACCCCAGAGGGGAAGGCAUGGUCCCCCCUCUCGACGCUCAGAGUACAGGGUACUUGUGUCAGGUCUUCCUUCCAGUGGAAGCUGGCAGGACCUGAAGGAUCACAUGCGAGAGGCAGGUGAUGUAUGUUAUGCUGAUGUGUACCGUGAUGGGACCGGAGUAGUGGAGUUUGUACGCAAAGAAGACAUGACCUACGCUGUCCGUCAGUUGAAUAACACCAAGUUUCGCUCUCACGAGGGAGAGACGGCCUACAUCCGUGUGAAAGUGGAUGGUCCUCGCAGCCCCAGCUAUGGUCGUUCUCGCUCUCGUAGCCGUAGCCGUAGUCGAAGCCGAAGCCGUAGCCGUAGCCGCAGCAAGAGCGGGUCACGCCGCAGCAGAGGGUCUCCACGUUACUCUCCUCGACGUUCCCGCUCCCGCACCUAAACUGACCUUUACUAAAGCAGUGGUGUGCCACAGAGCCGGAGAGGAAGUCUUCACAUCACUCAACGAAUCCUGUGUACUCACCAGGAUCAUCUCAUGUUGCCUGUUUACACUGUCUUUUUUCGUGUCCCCUCUCCCCCCACUUUUUUUGCAUUUUUCUUUUUGGGUUUUUUGUUGUGGUACACUGCCCCGUUACCCUCGUCGUUCUUCCUUUCCCCCCUCUCAUCAGCAUCAGUUUUCUGCUAACCAUCUCUCACCCCUCUCUAUAGUUUUCUUCUGCUUGUCCUCGUUGUGCGCUUUCUGUUUUGUUUCCUUUGGAAAGAUUUUGCUUCUUUUAAGCAUAUACUGCUGUCCUUUGACCUUCUUGUGUGUCUCUCUGUAGAGUUCAGAGGAACAGGAUAGGAUGGGGAACAGAGGAAACAGUUCAUAAUAAGAUUAACAGGAGGAGGAGUCAAAUAUGGCACCAAUGGUAUGAUGGCUGUGCCUUGUUAAUUUUAAAAUCUGCAUUAUAAGGCUGUUCAGUGUUUUUUCAUACACUUGACAGUAGAGUGCCGUUGUUGAAUGUUCUCAGUUGUUACAAGUUCUGUUUACCAAUUUGUAUUUGGAGACCCAAAGCUUGUGUUUUUUGUUUUUGCUUGUCUUUAAAUCUCCAAAGUAAAUCUUAAGUUUUUUUUUGGGACUGAUUGUAGAGAGUGUUUCCUGUUUUUUUUUGUUUUAUUUUUUCCCCCCCAAAGUAAACUCCCUGGUAGAUGCAUUUGUUGACAUUUUAUUUUAGUAUUUUCUGAAGGUGUGUUUCUAACUUGCCUCCUUCUCUUUGGUUCUGCUGGUAUUCUGAAGGUUUGGACUGGGCUCAUUGUCCCCCCAUUCCGGAGCCGGAUCAGGAUUCAGGAUCAGAUCAGGAUUAGGAUUAGGCUUCAGGAUGGAUACAUGGAUCAGGAGCAUGGGAGCGUUUUACCGGGAGAGGAUCCUGACCCCCUGCCCUGUCCACAUAACCCCAUCAAACCGGAAAUAGGGAAAUAUUCCAAACUAAAUUGGCUCUCAAAAAAAUCCAAAUUAUUUUUUUCUCAUUUUGUGUGGAACCUCAGAGACACAAUUGCUGGUGGCACUGUGACAAGCGAUUAUUUUUCACAUUUUUGUUUUUCAAAAUUGUAACAAAAAAAGAGGAGCAAAGCUCGGCUCAAAACCAGGAGGAGGGCUGGGAGGUGCAGGAUGGAUCCACACCCUUAAGGAGAGUGGUAAAUAGUGGGCGACCAUUAACAGCGGAGGAGGGAGGGAGGAGGGAGGACUGGGACGCGACAAGGGAAUGUGACAUAAUGUGGUUUGUAUCUUUUUCUUAGGUCAGUCUUUUGCUGCAGAGGAUCUCUGAUUUUCUUAAGUAUAAUCUCCAAUAUCCCAAAGCUUUAUUCUCUUUUAAUAAAACAGUCAAUGAUA